GAUAGUUCCGGCUGGAGGUCAGAGGUCACCAACAUGGCUGCCGAUCCUGAGUUCCAACCUGGAGCUGCGCCUUUCGGCAACUUUAUCAACUAUUACAGUUUCAACCCUCCCGAGAACAGGCUCAGGCUGCUACCGGCAGAGUUCUACACGAUCAUCACGAGACAUUCCGCCGAUAGACCGCUGCUAGGGCUGGAUAUAGGCUGCAACACUGGGAACCUGACAGCUGCACUGUGGGAGCAGUUCUCAUCACAUUCCACCGGAGACAGUCCGCCUGAUGGUACAGACAGCACAACUGGUACAGCAGCUGUACAAACCAACCAUGCACGUGGUUGCAAGGACAGCACAACUGGUACUAGUGCAGCUGCUGUACAAACCAACCAUACACCUGAUUGUGACAACAGUGCAACUGUUCCAGCCUUACAAACUAGCAGUCCACCUGAUGGUGAUACUAGUACACCAGCCUCUCACACAGACUUCCACAUGCUGGGCUGUGACAUUGACAGUGUUCUAAUCCAGCGAGCCGUAGAGAACAACCCCCACCCCGCCCACCUCACAUUCCAGACCCUGGACUACAUGGACCCUGAGCAGAGGCAGGAGACGCUGGGCUCGUAUCUGCAGAGGUUCGGCCGCACCAAGUUUGACGUCACCUUCUGCUUCUCUGUGACCAUGUGGAUCCAUCUACAGAACGGGGACAGUGGGCUCAUGGACUUCCUCAGGUCUGUCUCCGGCUGGACCCGGUUCCUGCUGGUGGAGCCGCAGCCCUGGAAGUGUUACCGCUCCGCAGGUCGGAGGUUACGCAAGCUGGGCAGGGACGAGUUCCCGCGCCUGAGACACUUACGGAUCCGGAGCGACGUGGAGAAGGAGAUGGACAGGUGUCUGACGGAGGGGUGCGGAAUGACGAGGGUGGGAGGAUUUGGGGAGACACAGUGGGGACGGAAACUGGUGCUGUAUAGGAUUCGGGGAGACACAGUGGGGACGGAAACUGGUGCUGUAUAGGAUAUGGGGUGACACAGUGGGGACGGAAACUGGUGCUGUAUAGGAUAUGGGGAGACACAGUGGGGACGGAAACUGGUGCUGUAUAGGAUAUGGGGUGACACAGUGGGGACGGAAACUGGUGCUGUAUAGGAUUUGGGGAGACACAGUGGGGACGGAAACUGAUGCUGUAUAGGAUUUGGGGAGACACACAUGUAUUGUCUCUGUUUUUGUCAGCAGGGUUAUCCCUUUGUAAUAGGCAUAGGCUAGUUGGGCAGCCCUGGCUGUGUGUGCUGAACAGCCAAACCAAUAAAUAAAUAACACAGUGGGGACGGAAACUGGUGCUGUAUCACUCUGGGGAGGGGGAGUUACUCUGAUAGAAAAUAUAAUCUUCUCUGGAUAAUUUUACAGAACGCUUGCAGAUAGAAGUGCAAAAGUUAGGUGUGACGGGUCCUUCAGUGUAAUAUAACCAGCUGCUGCCGCGCCGC